ACACAACAGACAGAAGGAGAUGGAGGGCACGCGAGGAUCUCACACUGAUUAAUAAAGAAAAUCGUUGGGCUACUUAACGGUCAAAAUUCCAAUAGGCUACUGGAUCAAGUAGAUUCGAAGCGAAUUGCAAGACUAUUUCUCCUUCUGACCGUCUGUCUUUCCAGUGCAGGUUAACGCCUUACAGGAUGCUGCUGCUGAGGCACCUUCCGGACUCCUCCUUACCCAGGAUAACGCCCCUCAUCUGGGCCGACCCCCCAGCCAGGGACCCCUCCGCGCUCCAGGUGGACGCAUGCCUGGAGGUGGCCCGCCGGCUGCGCCCCUGCUUCGGACCGCGCGGGCUCCCCAAGCCCCUGGCCUUCCGCUUCCUCCACGGCCUGACCACCCCGCCAGUCCACGCCCCAGACACGGCCUCCGUGCUGGGCCACAUGGAGCUGGAGGACCCGGCACCCCGCGCCCUGGCGUCCGCAGCCAUCGCCCAGGCUGGAGAGGUGGGGGACGGGGCGGGCAUGGUGCUGCUGCUGGGCGCGAGCCUCCUGGAGCAGGCCCAGGUGCUGCUGGCGCUGGGGCUCACCGUGCAGGAGGUGGAGGAGGGCUACCGGCUGGCCUGCAGGUGGGCGCUCGAGGUGCUGGACGGGGGAGAGCUGGUCCGCUCGGCCCUGGAGGACCCGAGGGAGGAGAGGCAAGUGGCCGGCGUCCUCAGGGUCCUGCUGUCCACCAGAGUGCCGGAGAUGGCCGACAUGCUCGCCGAGGCCGUGGCGCGUUGCUGCGUCCAGAGCUGGACGGAGAACAGACAAGGGCUCGUGACCUUUGAACCCGACGCUAUCCAGAUCACGAAGACCAUCAGUGAGGGGCCUUCCGACCAGACUUCAGAGGAGCUGCAGCAAUGUCCAAAGGAAGAGAGUGAGGAAGAAAGUAAAGGAGAAAACGUGGAUGAAAGGAAAGAAGUCGCAAACUCAACAAGGCAAAAAGUUCAAGGAGAACUGGAGGGAGACACAGAAGCUGAGGAAGAGGGGGAUUGGGUGGCAUUUGAGGAAGAGGGGGAUUGGGUGGCAUUUAGCGCAGACAAAAAAGAAGACAAGCCAAAGAGAGCCUGGGAGAGCGGCAUCGUAGGGGUUUCCGCAGGAGUAACGGAGGGACAGGACAGGAAGCAACAACUCAUAGAUGGGUUUCUGUGCGACUACGUUGGCCUGAGACACUCGGAGAAGGUGCCCUCAAAGCGAGCGUAUGAGCGCUCAGCGGGGGUCUCCCACGAGCUGGAGCCGGACGAGGAGGACUGGGAGAUCCUGAGCCUGGCUCUGGAGGACGUCCAUCUGGAGGGAGAGGAGGGAGAGGACGCAGGACAGGGGCUGGGGAGGUGGCAGACGGAGGAGGUGAACCUGCUGGAGAGGCUCCGGGCCCAGGAGGACGGGCAGGAGAGGGAGAGGAGGAGGAGGAGGAGGAGGAGGGGCGAAACCAUGAGAUGGGCGGGAGGCGUAGGAGGGGCAGUGCUGAGGAAGAGCACGGCCGCCUGCAAGCGCCUCUUCAAAGGGCUUGUCCGGCUUGGCAGGAAGUACCUGGCGCCGAGGGGUUGGGGUCGCCACACGGCGGGGGUCCAGAAACACGGGCGGAAACUGCACAGGCUCACGGGAAAGCUACGCGGGCCUGGCGGUGCGUACGGGAAGCGGCAGCGCCCGGCGAAGAACGCCCGCGUCGCCAAACUGGACCCUCAAGCGGCUAGGCCCGUGCAGGCGAGCAUAGCCAGUCGGGACGCCGCGGGCGAGCCCAGCCAGCAGAGCGUCACGAUCACGCUGCACAGCCCUGACCGGGAUCUUCUGGACCGCUGUGAGUCGGCCAUCCGGGCCUGCCUGCGGCUCUACGGUGCCAUGCUGUCCGACCCGCGGCUGGUGUCCGGCGCGGGGGCCGCAGAGGCGGCGCUGUCGGUCCGGCUCUGCGAGUGCGGGCUCCGCCUGCCGGGCCUGGAGCAGAUGGCCGUGCACGGCUUCGCCCAGGCCCUGCUGGCACCAGCGCGCGUUCUCGGGGAGAACAGCGGGACUCCCGCCGACAUGGCCGUCACCCGGCUGCACGAGGCGCUCCGCCAACGCUGCCCACGGAGGAAGGGGCCCCACGAGAGGCCGGACGAGGAGGACGGUGACCUGCUGGAGCCACUGGUGUGCAAAAGCAGCGCCCUCAAGAAGGCGACAACAGCGGUGCUGUCCAUUAUGUCCGACCUCCACAGCAAAACCCCAGGAGAGAAAAGAACCGAUUCAGAGAGCCCAGAAUUCUCACCGGCACCGGAGCCAGGAAAUCAGCCCUUCCAACAGUCAUAACAACGCGACAGGCUACAGUCCCAGAGAUCUGAUGAUUAUUAAAUUACAUUACAUUAGAUUGAUUUUGAUUGAGGAGGAUUAAAUAUAUGACUGAAAGAAA